AAAAAAAAAAAAGGUUUAUAAUGUAAAUCCUUUCUUCUUCCAAUAUAUUUCUUUCCAGUUUGUCUAGUUGAUAUCGAUCGUGCUCGAUUAGAUGGAUUUCACAGAACUCUCUUUGGCUCCCAAUUAUGAAUCUUUUGAUCCAUCUGAUCAUGUAAGUCUUCCUAUGAAGAGGAAAUGGAUGAAUGCAGAAUCUCCUAGUGUAGAUCUUCAGCUCAACGACCCCCUUCCCUUGGAUUGGGAGCAAUGCCUUGAUCUUGAAUCAGGCAGAAUGUAUUAUCUAAAUCGAGAAACAUCGAGAAAAACAUGGAACCGGCCCAAAGAACAGAAGCUUGAUCUUGAACUAAACAUGUCAAGCUUCAAUGAACAACAUAGUAAUUGGGGAUCAGAUCAUCAACAAGAAAUGAUCAAGAAACCGCAGAAUUCAUCAAAUGGCGGCAGUAGCAUGAUUGCUUUAGCUUGUUCAAAUUGUCAUCUCCUUGUAAUACUUUCAAGGACUUCUCCUUCCUGUCCUAACUGCAAGCAUGUCCACUCCUUUGCAACAUCACAAACUCAGCCCAACUCGUCUUUUUCGUCAUCCUACUGCAACUUAAGCCUUUGAACAAGAUAUAUAUAGAUAUAUAUAUGUAUGUAUCCUGUGAGAUGCUGCCAAAUAAAUUGUGCUCGGAAAUACUUGGUAGAAGGUAGUUUAAGCAUAACAUUGGUAUGUUGGCAGUGUUAUAUUUCAUUUUCAUGCAGAUGAAAUAGUAAAUAUUUU